CAACAACGGUCUUCGCCCUCUUUCAUCUCUCUCCUUCUUUCACGCACACUUCGUUGCUUAUAUAUUCCAACCAGAACAAUACCAAAAACCAUCCCUCUCGAACACACACUUCUCUUAUAAUACCAAACCAAACAUAAACAAAACAAAACAAAAAAUGGUGGCUGCAAGUCCCGGCGGCGGCUCAAUGAAGAGCUUAACCAUCCAAAUCCUAACAGGAAGAUGGUUUAUGUUCUUCGGGAGUCUCUUAAUCAUGUCGGCAGCAGGAGCCACUUACAUGUUCAGUCUCUACUCAGGUGAUAUCAAAACAACCUUAGGCUAUGACCAAACCACUCUUAACCUCCUCAGUUUCUUCAAAGAUCUUGGAGCCAACGUUGGAGUCCUCGCGGGUCUAAUCAACGAGGUGACUCCUCCUUGGUUCAUCCUCAUAAUAGGAGCUAUUCUUAACUUCUUCGGUUACUUCAUGAUUUGGCUUGCCGUUACUGAACGGAUCCCUAAGCCUCAAGUUUGGCACAUGUGUCUUUACAUCUGCAUCGGAGCGAACUCACAGUCGUUCGCUAAUACGGGUUCGUUGGUCACGUGUGUUAAGAACUUCCCGGAGUCCCGUGGUGUUGUCUUAGGGAUUCUCAAAGGGUAUGUUGGUCUUAGUGGCGCCAUUAUUACACAGCUUUACCAUGCCUUUUAUGGCGAAGACACCAAAUCUCUCAUCUUGAUGAUUGGUUGGUUACCUGCGGCAAUCUCUUUUGCUUUCUUGAGGACGAUAAGGAACAUGAAAGUGGUGAGACAAAAAGAUGAGCUAAAGGUGUUUUAUAACUUCCUCUACAUAUCACUCGGGCUCGCGACGUUCCUUAUGGCGGCCAUCAUCGCUGACAAGCUCUCCGGCUUUACACGCAGCGAGUUUGGAGGCAGCGCCGCCGUGGUGAUCAUCUUGCUUCUUUUACCGGUUCUCAUCGUCGUUUUGGAAGAAAAGAAGCUUUGGACGGAAAAGCAAGUUGCGUUAAACGAUCCAGCACCGAUCAAUAUCGUCACGGAGAGACCACACUUAGCCUCAUCGGAGGUCAAAGAUGAUGGUGAAAAGUCAACGGAGGUGGAGAGCGAGAAAACGGCGUCGUGUUGGACGACUAUGUUUAGCCCACCGGAGAGAGGAGAUGACUAUACGAUAUUGCAAGCCUUGUUUAGCGUGGACAUGUUGAUAUUAUUCUUAGCGACCAUAUGUGGUGUGGGAGGGACAUUAACGGCUAUAGACAACUUGGGUCAAAUCGGUGGCUCGUUAGGUUAUCCAAAGAGAAGCGUAAGCACGUUCGUGUCACUUGUAAGCAUAUGGAAUUACUUUGGUCGUGUGGUUGCAGGUGUGGUCUCAGAGAUCUUCUUGAUCAAAUACAAAUUCCCAAGACCUCUAGUGCUUACACUGAUCCUCCUCUUGUCCUGCGCCGGCCACCUUCUAAUCGCUUUUAACGUCCCUGGUGGACUCUACGUCGCAUCGGUCAUCAUAGGGUUUUGUUUUGGUGCCCAAUGGCCGCUCCUAUUUGCUAUAAUCUCCGAGAUUUUUGGACUUAAGUACUACUCUACAUUGUAUAACUUUGGAUCGGUCGCAAGCCCUAUAGGGUCUUAUUUGCUUAACGUUCGGGUCGCUGGGUAUUUGUACGAUAGGGAGGCCGAGAAGCAGAAUAAUGCAUUAGGGAUUCAGAGAAGUAGUGGGCAGGAUCUGAGCUGCACGGGCACAGCUUGUUUUAAGCUGUCAUUUAUUAUAAUUACCGCGGUAACUUUGUUUGGCGUAUUGGUCUCGAUGAUCUUGGUGAUUCGGACAAGAAAGUUUUACAAAAGUGAUAUCUACAAAAAGUUUAGAGAAAAGGCGUUGGCCACCGAGAUGGAGAUGGCAGCGGCUGCUCCAUCAAGGUCUGUGGCCGAGGAUAAAGAGAAUGAUAAUGCUAAUGGUAAAGUAUUAGUCAAAGGAGGGUAAAGUUUCUUGGUCGAUGAUUGUAAUACUAUAUGGUGAAGUAUUUUGUAAACAUAUUAUUAUAUGUUCCCAGUCCAUCGUACUUGUGUUUUUAAAGCAAUACUUUAUAUGAUGUUUUCAUCGUUUUGUGUUU